ACUCAAAAUGUAUCGUAAAAAAAAAAAAAAACCAAAAAUACAAUGCCAAAGUAUAGUACCACAACCACAACAUUGGUCAGGCACUUCCUUCAAAAAAAAAAAAAAACAUUGGUCAUGCACUUGGCAAAUCCACCACAAAACACAGAGCUUUAUCUCAGUCCUCAGAUCCCACUCUGUUAAAAAGGAAAGUGGUUUGGUCUAACCCAAAUUUAACCGUUCGAUCUAAAUCUAACGGCACACAUCACGCGUGUGUACUUAUGUCACGUUGAAUCUGUGACACGCACUCACAUUCUCUCUCCUCCUCCUCUCUCUCUCGCCUGCAACUCCCCGGUCGUCGACAAACCCUAACCACCUCCCUAAACACCGUCGUUUUGUUUUCCGAACUUCCCUGUUCACGCGCGUUCCACUACUGUGAAUUCGUGAAUCAAUUUCUGGAGCUUAUCAUUAUUUCUGAUUAGCGUAUACAGUACAUUUACUCAUGAAUUAGACACAGUAGCGUAUUGGUAUAAAUUAUUUCAAAUGGAUGUUCAUGUGAUAAAUGUUGAAGAAGAAAGUGAUCAUCAAUCUGCAGAUGACAGAGAUACAGAACCUAGUGACGGUGAAAUUAAUAAUGCUGAAAGUUCUGGAUUUUAUGUUGAGGAAGGGAUUUCUGACCCAUAUUUGGGUAUGGAAUUUGAUUCGGAGGAUGCUGCCAAGGCUUUCUACUACGAGUACGCUAAACACGCGGGUUUCAUCUCUAAAGUUGGCUCACGUAGUAGCUCUAAAGCCAACGGGCAAGAUAUGUAUAGGGAGUUUGUGUGUGAAAGGGAAGGUUUGAACAAAAGGUUUAAUGACGGUUGCAAUGCUAUGAUUAAGAUUGAGCUAAAGGGUCAAAAUAAAUGGGUUGUAACCAAAUUUGUGAAGGAGCAUAGUCAUUCAUUGAUGAGUUCCAGCAAGUCACAAAAGCUGCAUCCACGUAAGCAUUUUUCCAGUGUCGGAAGGACUAUGCCUGAAACUUAUCAAGGAAUUGGACUUGUUCCAAGUGGUGUCAUGUAUGUCUCUAUGGAUGGGAAUCACGUUUCUAAUCAGAAUACUUCAGCGGUUCUGAAUAUUCAUGCUUCCACUGCCGUUGAUCCAAGUACCCCUGUUAAAAAUGCCACAUCGGUGAAUUAUACUGCUAGGCCACCUUCUCAAAACAGGACAUUAGGGAAGGAUGCCCAUAUUUUACUGGAGUAUUUUAAGAAAAUGCAGGGUGAGAACCCUGGUUUCUUCUAUGCUAUACAACUGGAUGAAGACAAUCAUAUGUCUAAUGUCUUUUGGGCAGAUGCCCGUUCCAGGACAGCUUACAGUCAUUUUGGUGAUGCAAUUCAUCUGGACACCACGUGUAGAGUUAACCAGUACAGCGUCCCAUUUGCUCCUUUUACUGGAGUAAACAAUCAUGGUCAGUUGGUUUUGUUUGGUUGUGCACUCCUUUUUGAUGACUCUGAGGCUUCUUUUUUGUGGCUCUUUAAGACAUUUCUCUCAGCAAUGAAUGAACGACAACCUGUCUCCAUAAUUACUGAUCAAGACAUAGUCAUACAGGAAGCAGUUUCACAAGUUUUCCCACAAGCUCGGCACUGUAUUAACAAGUGGCAUGUCUUGAGAGAAGGCCAGGAAAAGUUGGCCCAUGUAUGUCUAGCGCAUCCAAAUUUUCAGGGUGAACUUUAUAAUUGUAUUAACCGGACAGAAACCAUUGAGGAGUUUGAGUCAUCUUGGAAUUCUAUCCUUGAUAAAUACAAACUUAGAAGAAAUGAUUGGCUUCAGUUGCUGUAUAAUGCCCGUGCUCAAUGGGCUCCAGCUUACUUCCAUGAUUCAUUUUUUGCUGCAAUAUCUCCUAAUCAAGGAUUUGGUGGUUCUUUUUUUGAAGGUUACAUCAACCAACAGAUGACAUUGCCAUUAUUCUUUCGGCAGUAUGAAAGAGCUUUAGAAAGCUGGAUUGAAAAGGAAAUAGAAGCAGACUUUGAGACAAUUUGCACAACACCAGUUCUGAAGACUCCUUCACCAAUGGAGAAACAGGCUGCUAACCUAUAUACAAGAAAAAUAUUUUUGAAGUUUCAGGAUGAACUAGUUGAAACUUUUGUUUAUACUGCAAAUAUAAUUGAAGGAGAUGAUGUAAACAGUACAUUCAAGGUUGCAAAAUUUGAGGAUGUCAACAAGGCAUAUACUGUUUCAUUCAACCAUGCAGAAUUGAGAGCUAACUGUAGUUGCCAAAUGUUUGAGUAUUCAGGCAUUCUUUGCAGGCACAUUUUAACUGUUUUCACUAUGACAAAUGUUCUUACAUUACCGUCUCAUUACAUCUUAAAAAGGUGGACAAAAAAUGCAAAAAGUAGUGCUGGAUCAGAUGAAUGUACUGGUGAAUUACAUGGACAGGAGUCCCUGACAUUGAGGUACAGUAAUCUAUGUCGGGAAGCCAUCAGAUAUGCUGAGGAAGGGGCAGUAACUGUGGAAACUUAUAAUGUUGCAGUGACUGGUCUUAAAGAAGGUGGAAAGAAGGUUACUGCAAUGAAGAAAAGUGUUGCCAAAGCUACACCUCCUAACAGUCAAGCCAGUGGGACUAAUAAUAACAAGAAAACUACCACCAGUUCAACUUUGGAUUCAACCCCUCUUUUGUGGCCCCGACAAGAUGAAAUAACAGGGAGGUUUAAUCUCAAUGAUUCUGGUGGUCCGGUUCAAUCAGUCGCUGACCUAAAUUUGCCACGAAUGACCCCAGUGUCUCUUCAUCGAGAUGGCGGUCCAUCUGGAAACAUGGUGGUUCUUCCAUGCCUAAAAGCAAUGACAUGGGUAAUGGAGAACAAAAACUCAAGUCUGGGGAGUAAAGUAGCUGUUAUCAAUCUGAAGCUGCAAGAUAAUAGUAGGAAUCCAUCAACAGAAUUUGAGGUUAAGUUUCAGCUUUCAAGAGUUACUUUGGAACCAAUGCUUAAGUCUAUGGCCAGCAUUAGUGAACAACUCUCAAAACCAGCAAAUAAGGUUGCUGUAAUAAAUCUCAACCUUCAAGACGUGGAUACAAAUUUCGGUGAGUCUGAAGUUAGGUUUCAGGUGUCCAAGGAUACAUUGGGUGCCAUGCUACGAUCAAUGGCCUAUAUCCGUGAACAACUAUCUCAUGUUGGUGAUGCACAUUCAGAACCUCUAUUGAAAAAGCAUAAGAAGUAAAGCAUCAGAUUUUCAUAUCAUAACCAGGUGGUGUGGCUGCAUGUCUUCUAAAUGGAAGUGCAAUGACCACUCAGUACAAAGGGCAGGAAAAACUUAGUAGUUGUAGUGUUUAUUUUAGUGUGGUUAGGUUCUUUCAUCCGUCUGUUUUCUAACACAUACAGGUAUAUCCUAAGCCGUAGCUUUGUUUUAUAUAUGUCAUGUUCCUCUUUAUUUCACCCCAUUCGUCAAAUAACAUAUACGGUUUACGAAUUUGGGCCUAAGGAAGGUAAACAAACAGUGUGAGCACCUCUUUCUCUGCCAUCGCACCAGUUAUUUGUAACUUUGUAAGUACGCAUCUAGACGGAAGAAAUUUGGUAAUUAUUUUGAUUGCAUUGAUGAUUGGGGUGGAAAAAGUAGUCUUCAAAUAGUAUGUAACGUAGGGGAAUAAUAGUAUUAGCAAAAAAAAUUAUGGUUGGUGACGAUUAAUCUAUAAAUUGCAUUUA